UACCUCUUGUAUCACUGCAACAUGUAGCAAUGUAGGUUAUAGCCUCCGUCGUAACGCCGUUUAACAUAACUCUUUAACGUCAAGAGAGAGAAAUCAAAAGCGACGAUUAGGGUUUUGUUUCAUAAAUCAGGAAAAUGGUGUCAUUUGGAUCUCUCAAAUCGGCAAUCUUCGAAAGGGAAGAGAAAAAACAGCAGUAUCAAGCUCAUAUACGAGGACUCAACGCCUACGAUCGGCACAAAAAAUUUGUGAAUGAUUACGUUGGUUUUUAUGGAAAAGAAGGAUCUACACAAGAAAAGUUGCCAGCUAAAACUGAUCAAGACACACUCAGAGAAGGAUACCGGUUUAUACGUUCUGAGGAAGAUGACAUGGACCGGUCUUGGGAACAAAGGCUUGUGAAGCGUUACUAUGACAAGCUUUUCAAAGAAUACUGCAUUGCUGAUAUGUCACAGUACAAAACUGGCAAGGUUGGACUGAGGUGGAGGACUGAAAAAGAAGUCAUAUCUGGGAAAGGGCAGUUCUUAUGCGGUAACAAGCAUUGCAAUGAGAAAAAUGGACUGGGAAGCUAUGAGGUGAACUUUUCUUAUUUUGAAGCUGGGGAAAACAAACAGGCCUUGGUGAAACUGGUUGUGUGUGAGAGAUGCACAGAGAAACUUGUUUACAAAAGGCAGAAGGAGAAGGAGCAAUCAAUGAAACGAGAGAAAGAAGUGCUCAAAAGGAAAAGGGAAAGGUCAAGACGCAAGGAUGAUACAGAUGACGAGUAUGAGAUGAGCAAAGAGAGGAGAAAAGGAAAAAAUACUUCCAACUUCAGCUGGUGGUCAUAAGAUUGACGAAGAAAACUUGGAUCAGUAUCUUGAGGGAAUGUUUCCUUGAAAUUAAUUGAAUGAUUGCCGUCACACCAAGCUAUCUUCUGUAUUUGACAUGGUGAAAUGCAAAAAUACCUAAAUGAGCUGAAAUCUGAUUGUUACACGUACGCUGCAAAAUAUUUUGUUUAUUAAUGGUGAAACAAAACUAUCAAGGUUGUAAUUUUGAGUAGCUUGAAGAAUUUUCUGAUAUAGGUGGGCAUUUUAUUAGUGAAAAGGAAAUAAAAAAGAUGUGAUUAUGGGACAUCACAUGAAUUUCAUAUGAAUGUAUCUAAUGGAUGAAGGUAACUUGGCUUGUAUAUUAGGUGUAUGUUUCGAACUUGCAUAUCAGUAUAUCAUUACUUGAAUCAAAUGUCUUUUAACGGAUUUGGAUUUGCAUGUUUAAAGAAACAGGGGAUCAAUUUGUAGAGAAUGAUUAAGAGAUGAGAAUUAAUCUGAUGAAGAUGUGAAAUUGAUAAUUAAAUAUGAUGAAUUUAAUUAGGUUGAUUUCGAAUCACAAAAGCUCCUUAAUUAUAGCUUUUAUGUUCUUGCACAAACCAUCAUGAAAAUGCUUUUAUGUUCUUGCACAAUACAUCAUGAAAAAAAAAUUAGUGAAUGAUAUCUGGACCAUAUUAGCUUACCAAAAUAAUCCACAAAAAAAAAAAAAAAAAAAAAAAAAAAAAAAAUCAGAUUUAAGUAAAACAAAACCAACACAUUAUAGAAAACAAAUUUUAUUGGUAACAAAAAAAAGAAAAACAUCCGAUACAAAAAAUAGAAACAAAAGCCCCUUAAUUAUAGCUUUUAUGUUCUUGCACAAUUCAUCAUGAAAAUGCUUUUAUGUUCUUGCACAAUCCAUCAUGAAAAUUUUAAUGAUUGAUAUCUAGACCACCAAAUUAGGUUACCGAAAUAAUUCAAAAACACAAAAAAAAAAAAACAAAAACAAAA